CGAUCCAAUUGAGUCACCUCCAAUUGACAAGUUUCUAUUCCGUCUGUUCAAUUAGCCCUCACAAUGCCUUCCUUCAAUGUUGUCGUCUUCGGUGGUGACCACUGUGGUCCCGAGGUUACCGCUGAGGCUAUCAAGAUUCUCAAGGUGAUCGAGAAGAAGCGCGAUGUUACCUUCAACCUGCAGGACCAUCUGCUCGGCGGUGCUUCCAUCGAUGCCACCGGCUCUCCCCUCACCGACGAGGCCCUGGAGGCCGCUAAGAGCGCCGACGCUGUCCUCCUGGGCGCCAUUGGCGGACCGGUACGUCCGAUACCUUCUUCCGAACAAGCAAAAGGAGUACAAAAGAGGAGACAUAUACUUACACAACCUUGUCCAUCUCUAGAAAUGGGGUACCGGCGCCGUCCGUCCCGAGCAGGGUAUCCUGCGUCUGCGCAAGGAAAUGGGUACAUUCGGCAACCUGCGUCCCUGCAACUUCGCCGCUCCCUCGCUGGUCGAGAGCUCCCCCUCAAGGCCGACGUCUGCCGCGGCGUCGACUUCAACAUCAUCCGCGAGCUGACGGGUGGUAUCUACUUCGGCGACCGCAAGGAGGACGAUGGCUCCGGCUUCGCCAUGGACACUGAGCCCUAUUCGCGUGCCGAGAUCGAGCGCAUCAUCCGUCUGGCCGCCCACCUGGCUCUGCAGCACAACCCCCCUCUCCCCGUGUGGAGCCUGGACAAGGCCAACGUCCUGGCUACUAGCCGUCUCUGGCGCAAGGUCGUCACGGAGGUUAUGGAGAAGGAGUUCCCCCAGGUCCAGAUCGGUCACCACCUGAUUGACUCUGCUGCUAUGCUUAUGAUUAAGGACCCCCGUAAGCUGAACGGUAUCGUCGUUACUAGCAACUUGUUCGGUGAUAUCAUCAGUGAUGAGGCUAGUGUUAUUCCUGGUUCGCUGGGUCUCCUGCCCAGUGCCAGUCUGAGCGGUAUUCCCGAUGGCAAGAGCCGUGUCAACGGUAUCUACGAGCCUAUUCACGGCUCUGCCCCCGAUAUCGCCGGCAAGGGAAUUGUCAACCCCGUCGCUGCUAUCCUCUCCGUCGCCAUGAUGAUGCAGUACUCCUUCGGCAUGUUCGACGAGGCCCGCAUCAUCGAGAAGGCUGUCGAGAACGUCAUCGAGGCUGGUGUCCGCACAGGCGACAUUGGCGGCGAGGCCACUACCAUUGAGGUUGGUAAUGCCAUCGCUGUCGAGCUCGAGAAGCUGCUCUAGAGAAAAAAGUGGCCAGUUGCGUCUCACUGGCAGACGUUUCUUAUAUGACAUUUAAUGACUGUAGAAACCAAAAUUGAAUACCCUUUCGGAUCUGUUUCAA